AUGCACAAGAGUCAGGUUAGGCAGCGCCAUCACUCUCCUUGCUCCCGGCAUCCGCCCGUCUUGCCAUGCGACUUAGUCUAUCGAGCUCUUCCGUCGCCACUGUCAUGGCCGCCAUUGCCAGCAGAGGGCUUGCUCCUCCGCCUCCGAAGGGGCUGUGCCCAAACGAGCUGGUCACGUCUGAUGAUCCGCCAAUGCCCUGCGAGUCCCGCGCCCGUCGCCGUCGCUCUCGCGGGUCUCGAGACCCCGUCGUCGACGCGCCAGAUGAACCCUUGGCCAGUUGAGGCGAGUCCCACGGCCGGUGGAAGCGGAACCGCGGGCCCCAGCGGUGGGAAGGUUUCGUCGGGGUGUCGGGCUGCGAUUGGGACCGGCGACGGCCGUUGCUGA